AAUGAGAGAGUUGUGCCCCGGGUGGCAUACUUAGUCGCCCGUAGCUUAGCAUGGCCCACCAAGGUCCUCCUCAACAAAGUCAAAAGCAUCGGCAACGGGUUUCCCCUCGACAGUUCGUCAUCCGUAUCAGAGCACAGCCUCAAAUCAGUAUUCAACAAACACAAGCGGGGCCCAAGUCUUGGUAUAAAGACUUCUAAAAUUCUCGCGAUCCAUAUUAUCCCAACAUCAAAUAAUCCAAUCAACCCCACUUCCAUCACCAUGGCAGUAAUCCAAGCAAAAUGGACCAAAGUCGUCGAGGCAGAGAUCUUACAGCGAUCCUCCCAAAUAGUCUCCGUCAUUGACAGACAAGUCUACAUUUUUGGCGGGGAGUUGCGGCCACGAGAACCCAGAGACAAUGACGUCCACGUUGUUUCACUUGGAACUCCUGCAACCCUAUCCACCAAACCACCCACCAACCAAUCCCCUUCACCACGAGUAGGAACCGCAUCAACAACACUCAAUGGCAAAAUCUACCUAUUCUCCGGACGCGGAGGCACAGCAAUGGCCCCUGUAGAAGAAAGCGGCGGGAUCUGGGAAUUCGACCCCAGCUUAGAAAAAUGGUCCCUCCUCGCACCAUCCGAGCCAAACCCGACAUCCAUCCCAGCAGCGCGCAGCUACCACUGCACAGCCAACGACGGCAAAGACACCGUGUUCAUCCACGCAGGCUGUCCGGAGAAGGGCCGUCUAUCAGAUCUGUGGGCGUUCAGUGUAUCCCAAAAGCAGUGGACGGAACUUGCUCCGGCGCCGGAUCCACCGCGCGGUGGCACGUCUAUUGCGUUUGCCGGGGGCAGACUUUAUCGGAUGAAUGGGUUUGAUGGGGAGCGCGAGCAGGGAGGUAGAGUAGACGUCUAUGAGCCUGGAGCCAAUGUGUGGAGCUCGCACUCAUUUGUUUCGGAUAGUGUGAGUGGGCCAUCGCCGCGGAGUGUCGCAGCCUUGCUUCCUGUUGUUGUUUCUGGUCGUGUGUACUUGGUUACCCUGUUUGGUGAGCAGGAUCCUAGUUCCUUGGGACAUCAGGGGGCCGGGAAGAUGUUGGGUGAUGUGUGGGUGUUUGAUAUUGAGUCCAAGUUAUGGACGAAGGUUGAGGCCCAGGGAGAUGGGCGUCCUGAUCCACGGGGUUGGUUUGAUGGGGAUGUCCUUGAUGCUGGCAGUAUUUUGGUUCAUGGAGGACUUGGAGAAUCGAAUAAUCGGUUGGGUGACGUUUGGACUCUCGAGUUUUUCUAG